GAAUAUAUAUAUACAUAUAUAGCGAGAGACAGAGAGCAAGAGAAAGACAGAGAUCUGCAGGUUAUUUAUCUGUUGGAGCUACAGUCUGCCGCCAGGGGCUCUGAUGAGUGAAGCCCUGAAAAGAAGCUGUCUGACCAGGGACAACUAGGCUGUCUUCCUGUCUGUCUUUCUGUCUGUCUUUCUGUCUGUCUACCGGAGAACACUGGGACAGUAGUGCCUGUGGACCCGAUGCUGUGUGCACCUGAUGGUCGGCGUGCCCGCUGUUUCCUCUCGCUGGUGGGAGAGGCUCAAGACGUUGUGUCCAGAGCGCGCUAGGAGGAUGCUGCGCCAGGUGUUGCAGGCAGGCCUGAGGAGCUCUUUCCAGGCUCUGGGUCGGUUCGUGGCGAGCCACCCAGUCUUCUUCGCCUCCGCCCCCGUACUGGUGUCUGUCCUGCUGGGGGCCAGCUUCAGUCGGUAUAGAGUGGAAGGUAACGUGGAGUCCCUCCUGGUUCCUAAACACAGUCUGGCAAAGAUAGAAGGAAACCUGGUGGACUCAUUGUUUCCUGUCAACAGAUCUAAACACACCCUGUACUCUGACCUGCAGACUCCAGGUCGUUACGGUCGUGUUAUAGUCACCUCUAGGAGAGGCAGCAUCCUGGACCCUCUACACACAGACCUAGUACUCAAGCUCCAUCGUGCUGUCGUUCAGCUCCAGGUUCCAGUGUUGGGGUUCAACUACUCUUUCUCCCACCUCUGUCUUCUCGACGACAAGAAUACCUGCAUCAUCGAUGACAUCAUCCGAGCCCUGGAGGACAGCCAAUCAGCUCGCUUCGCUAACCGUUCUUCCCUUCCUCUGCGCUACCCAAUCACACGUUUGGCUGAUGGGCGGAUGGCCUACAUUGGUCACCAGUUAGGAGGGGUGCAGGCGUGGGGGGCGGGGCCUGCAGUACAGGGUCCUGGGGGUGUGUCUGGUCGAGGCCAGGGAGUCCGGAGCGCUAGGGCUCUGCAGCUGACCUACUACCUGCAGGCUCGCGGCGCCCUGACAGACAGGGUGGCUAGCCAAUGGGAGCAGGCGUUCUGUGGCGAGCUGGGCCGGUUUGGGGCGGGACACCCUGAACUGAGCUUAUACCCCUUCACUUCAUCCUCUCUAAGGACAGACUUCCAGGCGUCGUCAGUGCUGGCUCGGCGCCCCCUGCUGGCCAGUGUAUGUGUGUGUUUGGUGUUAGCCGUGGGCUGUUGUUCUAUGAGGGACUGUGUGAGGGCUAAACCCUGGCUGGGGCUUUUGGCUCUGCUGUCUAUCGCCCUCUCUGGUCUCACUGCUGCUGGCAUCCUUAACCUGACUGGAACCACUUACAACUCAACCUACCUGGGGGUACCAUUCAUACUGCUGGGUCACGGACUGUUUGGCACAUUUGAGAUGCUAUCGUCAUGGAGAAGGACACGUGAGGACCAACAUGUUAAGGAGCGUGUAGCUAGCGUAUUCUCUGAUGUCAUGCUGCGUUACUCAGGAGCUACACUGCUACAUCAGGUGUCUCUGGGUCUGGCUGCGUCUCCUCUGACCAACCUGGAGGCUGUCCGGCUGUUCUGUCGCUGUGCUGCAUUGGGCGUAACCGUUGGUUACCUUUACACCUUGUCCUUCUACGCCACCUGUCUGGUUGCCACAGGUUACCUGGAGACAGGGUACAGACACGGGUGUUUCUGUCGCCGCGUCCCCAAGAAGGGAGCACUGGACACCAAGCCACGCUGGUACCGUUGUCUCAUGUACACACGCUACCAGGACGAGACACACUCACAAACUCACUCACACACACCCAACUCUACACACACACACACACCUAAUGCUGCGCACACCUACACACAUACAGCGAAUCCUGCACACUCACACACUCACACACACACUCCCAACACCACACACACACAUGACCAUACACCUAACACUACACACGCUCACACACACACUCCCAACACUACACACAUACAUGCUCACACACACAUUCCAAAUACACACACCCCAACCACCAUCUCUGAACUGCGACCCCAGGACUCACACUUGUUGCUAGGCUGCGUGCAGCGUUGCUAUGGAGACUGGAUCACCAACACCUAUGUGAAGCCCUUCAUGGUUCUGCUCUACCUCGUAUACAUCUCCUUUGGCCUGAUGGGCUUCCUACAGGUGAGCCAGGGCUCGGAGCCCAGUUCUCUGGUUGCUAUGGAUACAGGGACGUUGUUGUAUGCUCGCGCCCAGCAGCGCUACUUCUCCUCCUACUCUCCUGUGAUUGGCUUCUAUGUCUAUGAGAGCGCCCCCUAUUGGAACACCUCGGUACAGCGAGACCUGCUGGAGUACGCUAAAGGGUUCCAGCGAAUCAGCUGGCUGGAAAGCUACCUGGAUUACCUGACAGAACGGAACCUCUCCACUACCAGCCAAUCACGUGAAAGCUUUACGCGGAUGCUCCGCCUCUCCUUCCUUCGCCAGCCGCAAUUCGCUCAUUUUGCCGAUGACAUCAUCUUCGCUGAGCGUGAUGAAGGGGAGGAGCCAGAGAUGGCAGCGUCACGUGUCUUCCUGGUUGCCAAGACAACAGAGAACAAGAGGGAGGAGAUGUCCGUCCUAUUGGACACACUGAGACGUCUGUCUCUGACAUCACGCGUCCGCUUUCUCAUCUUCAACCCCUCCUUCGUCUACCUGGACAGGUAUGCUACAGCGGUGAGCUCUCCUCUGCGCCACUCCCUGAUGGCGGUGUUGUUCCUACUGGGUCUGUCGUCUCUAGCGGUCGUGGAGCCCCUAGUGGCAGUGUGGCUCAGUCUAACCCUCCUCUCUGUCCAGUUUGGUGUUCUGGGCUUCAUGACUCUGUGGGGCGUGGAGCUCGACUGCGUGUCUGUGUUAUGUUUGAUUUCAGCACUGGGUCACUCUGCAGACUGCUGUGGUCCUCUACUGGCCACCUUCUCCUCUGGCCGGGGGGACAGCCGGACCGUGUGGGUCAGACUGGCGUUGGAGAGACAUGGCGUCCCCUCUCUACAGACGUUGAUCUGCUAUACUGCAGCGCUGCUCCCUCUGGCCGCCGUCCGCUCCAACCUUACACGCUCGCUGUUCCGUUGCCUAGUGCUGACGGCAUUCUGUUCAGCGCUCCAUGCCUUGGCCUUCCUGCCCACGCUGCUCACCUUCCUGCCACCCGCCAAGAAGACAGGAAGUAGACAGGGAGAUAGAGGGGAAGGGGAGGGGCUUAGAGAGGAGGUGGAGUGUGUGGAGAUGGUUGACAGCACCAGGGUGGUCGACCAGAUCACCACCGUCUGACCAACAGGAUGUGAUGUCACAGGUUUUGAUGGGGUCGCUGAGGGUAUGUUCUACUGACUUAAAUGUAAUGUAAAUGGUAUGUUACCAUGGCUACUAGCCUCUGUUGGCUGAAGCCUCACGGGGUGUGGCCAAUCAGAGCAAGGAAUCAACAUGUUGCGUUUUCACAUAGAGAGAGAGAGGAAGAAACGGAGGGAGAGAGAGUGAAAGAGGGUGAGAAAGUCAGAUGAGAGAUAGAUACGGAGAGAGACAGAAAGUGAGAGGUAGAGAGGAAGAGCGAGA